AUGUCACGACCGAAGAAUCAAAAUUACAAGGGCCAUGGAUUGCCAAAAGGAAAAGAACGAGAGCAGAGAGCCUCAAUCCGGUUCAAGACCACUCUUAUGAAUACUCUCAUGGACGUCCUUCGCCACAGGCCGGGAUGGGUGGAAGUAAAGGACGAAGGGGAGUGGGAUUUCUACUGGUGUGAUGUCAGCUGGCUUCGGGAGAACUUUGACCACACCUACAUGGGCGAGCACGUGCGGAUCAGUCACUUCCGAAACCACUACGAGCUCACCCGCAAGAACUACAUGGUGAAGAACCUGAAGCGAUUCCGGAAACAAAUGGAGCGUGAGGCAGGAAAGCUGGAGGCAGCCAAGUGCGACUUCUUCCCCAAAACCUUUGAGAUGCCCUGCGAGUACCACCUAUUUGUGGAGGAGUUUCGUAAAAACCCGGGCAUCACCUGGAUCAUGAAACCUGUAGCCCGGUCACAGGGGAAGGGCAUCUUCCUCUUCCGGAGGCUGAAGGACAUCAUGGACUGGAAGAAGGGCACCGCUGGGAAGAAGCUCACCAGCCUGGAGGCCCAGCCGGCCCGAAACACUGUCAACCCCUCUGGCAGCCAUGACACAAGAAGUUCUGAUGACCAGAAAGAUGAAAUUCCCGUGGAGAACUAUGUAGCUCAGCGUUACAUUGAAAAUCCGUACUUGAUAGGAGGCCGCAAGUUUGACCUGCGUGUCUACGUGCUGGUGAUGUCGUACAUCCCGCUGCGGGCCUGGCUGUACCGGGAUGGCUUCGCCCGAUUCUCCAACACCCGCUUCACACUGAACAGCAUUGAUGACCAGUACGUUCACCUCACCAAUGUCGCCGUGCAAAAGACAUCUCCCGACUACCACCCGAAGAAGGGCUGCAAGUGGAUGCUGCAGCGCUUCCGGCAGUACCUGGCGUCCAAGCAUGGGCCCGAGGCAGUAGAGACGCUUUUCAGCGACAUGGACAACAUCUUCAUCAGAAGCCUGCAGAGCGUGCAGAAGGUGAUCAUCAGCGACAAGCACUGCUUUGAGCUGUACGGCUAUGACAUCCUCAUAGACCAGGACCUCAAGCCGUGGCUCCUGGAGGUCAAUGCGUCUCCAUCACUGACAGCCAGCAGCCAGGAGGACUAUGAGCUCAAGACCUGCCUCCUGGAAGACACCCUGCACGUUGUGGACAUGGAGGCCAGGCUCACAGGAAGGGAGAAGCGAGUAGGAGGCUUUGACCUCAUGUGGAACGAUGGCCCUGUCAGCAGAGAAGAGGGGGGUCCUGACCCGUCGGGGAUGGGGAACUUUGUAACCAACACACAUCUCGGCUGCGUCAAUGAUCGGAAGAAACAGCUGAGGCAGCUGUUCCGCUCCCUUCAAGGUCAGAAGAAAACUCCCAACUAAUCCCCAGCAUGAAGAACCACUGGUACCACACUGGUCCUCUCUGCUCCCCGUUUCAGCACAGCAGCACUCAGAGCACUCACCCUCCCUCCCUCUUUCCAGCCUGGCAGCUGCUUUGCUGGCCCAGCACCCCACCCUACUUACCCUGGACAUCUUUGCACCAGGAGAGAGCCAAUCUCUGGGACUGGAUAGAUUUUAACCUCGAUGGAUUGGUUAGCCCGGCGAGGAGGACAAAUGCAGCAAGUAAUACCCGAGAGAGAUCAUGUCUAAUAAAGGAUUAUUUGGAGAGUCUUUGGGCUCCAGGCUUCGCUCAGGGAAUGCUGUCGCCGCAACCACAUCUUCCUGGUUUUGACCCUUUGAUGUCUCUCAGAGGAUGUGUUGUAGGCUCCUCCAAGAGCAAGGGUUCAGUUCUUGUGUUUGCAAAGCAAGCAGUUGUUAGACUGUGUGUUUACUGGGGGUCCAAGUAAGGGCUGAGCCUUAAAUAUAUCUUGCCCUCCUUACAAUACCCUGACUGCAUGUCAGGGGACCCAUGGAGCUCCCUGACCAUCUGAAAACCAGUGGGCCAGAGCAUCCCUAUUUCUCAAGUAGAGAAGGCAGAGCUGCUUAGUGAGGGUCUCCACAAAGGUGCACUUAUUAAGUCAGCUAGGUGACCUAGGUGCCUCUCUGGGCCUUCCUAUUUGAGGUUGGGAGCUGAGCUUUCUAGAUCAGAAAGGCCUGGGCUGUCAGGCAGAGAUGGCUUGGGCUCAAGUAAGAAUGUCUGCAUUUUCCACAUUCCAACGCCUCUUGGUUGAAGAGGAGUUGAACCAAGAGUGGGCUGGUGGCUAACUGCUUCAGGACAACCUUCCAAGGGACCCCAGGCAGCUCCUUGAUCACUCUGCCUGCUUCAGGACAGUUUUUUCAACCGCAAACAGCAGAAUCUGACUGUGGGGGGAAGGGAAGGGCUUUUCAAAGAAAAAUACUGGCAAAUCUAAGUGAAUCAGCCAGCCUUGGGAACGCCAGAAACCAGGCCAUCCUGGGCCCCCUGCUCCAGAAUGUAGGGGUUUCCCUCAUCCCUGUGACUGGGUAAAGCCCAGACAACCCUAGGAAUGGGCUCCAUGUCU